AUGGGACCACCGUCAGGUAAACACAAUACCCGUAUUGGUACAGGAGUCCCGUGUUCAGGUGUCAAGGCAUCCAGACCGUCACAUCCCGUGACCGUGACCCUCAGGGCUCGCUUAGCCGCACACAACCUUGAAACCCGACACAACUCUAUCACGAGAGUCUCCUGCCUCCCGACAACCAACCCCGACAAGCCAAAGAAAUCCGUCAAGAUGGUCAAGAAGAGGGCUAACAACGGUCGUAACAAGAAUGGCCGCGGCCACGUUAAGCCCGUGCGCUGCUCCAACUGCGCUCGCUGCGUCCCCAAGGACAAGGCCAUCAAGAGAUUCACCAUCCGCAACAUGGUUGAGUCCGCUGCCAUCCGUGAUAUUUCCGACGCCUCCGUCUUCACUGACUAUGCCGUCCCCAAGAUGUACCUGAAGCUGCAGUACUGCGUCUCCUGCGCUAUCCACGGCAAGAUUGUUCGUGUCCGUUCCCGGGAAGGCCGCCGCAACCGUGCCCCCCCUCCCCGUAUCAGGUACAACAAGGACGGCAAGAAGCUGGCUCCCCCUCAGGCCAACAAGGCUUUGUAA